AUGCAGGCUCCUGUAGUGGUUAUGAACACCCAGUCGGGUGAGAGGCAGACUGGCCGCAAGGCUCAGCUGUCCAACAUUACUGCGGCGAAGAUCGUCGCCGACAUCAUCCGCUCGUGUCUCGGCCCCAAGGCCAUGUUGAAGAUGCUACUCGAUCCGAUGGGCGGAAUAGUUCUUACCAACGAUGGCCAUGCCAUUCUACGAGAGAUUGAGGUGUCUCACCCUGCGGCGAAGAGCAUGAUCGAGCUCAGCCGGACUCAGGAUGAGGAGGUUGGAGAUGGUACUACAACAGUUAUUAUUCUUGCCGGAGAGAUACUAGCCAUGGCCCUUCCCGAACUCGAGCGAAACAUCCACCCCGUCAUGAUUAUACAAGCCUUCAAGAGGGCGCUAACAGACGCUCUCGAAAUCGUCGACGACAUCUCCCUCCCCAUCGAUAUCAACAACGACAAGGCCAUGUACCGCCUCAUCAACUCCUCUAUCGGCACUAAAUUCGUCUCGAGGUGGUCGCAGCUCAUGUGCGACCUAGCCCUAAAGGCGGUACGGACCGUAACGUGGGAGGUUGGUAACGGCAAAAAGGAGGUCGAUAUUAAGCGGUAUGCCCGUAUAGAAAAGGUUCCCGGUGGCGAGAUCGAGGACAGCAGGGUGCUAGACGGUGUCAUGCUCAACAAGGAUAUUACCCACCCUAAGAUGCGAAGGAGGAUAGAAAACCCCAGGAUCGUGCUCCUAGACUGUCCUCUCGAGUACAAGAAGGGAGAGUCGCAAACUAAUAUCGAGAUCUCCAAAGAGGAGGACUGGAACCGCAUUCUUCAGAUUGAGGAGGAGCAGGUGAAGGCCAUGUGCGAUGCUAUCCUCGCCUUGAAGCCUGACCUGGUCAUCACUGAGAAGGGUGUAUCAGAUCUGGCUCAGCACUAUUUGGUCAAGGCCAACGUUACGGCUCUGCGCCGAGUCCGAAAGACCGACAACAACCGUAUCGCUCGAGCCACCGGCGCGACUAUUGUGAAUCGAGUUGAUGACCUUCAGGAGUCAGAUGUCGGUACUGGCUGCGGCCUCUUCGAGAUUGAGAAGAUUGGCGACGAGUACUUCACUUUCCUCACCAAAUGCAAGGACCCCAAGGCCUGCACCAUCCUCCUACGGGGUCCUUCUAAGGAUGUUCUCAACGAAAUUGAGCGAAACCUUCACGACGCCAUGGGCGUUGCGAGGAACGUCAUGUUCCACCCCAGUCUUGCGCCCGGUGGUGGAGCUACGGAGAUGGCUGUCUCCGUGCGUCUUCGAGAGCUCUCCAAGGGCAUCGAGGGUGUGCAGCAGUGGCCUUACAGGGCCGUCGCGGAGGCCUUGGAGGUCAUCCCUCGCACGCUCAUUCAGAACGCGGGUAAGAGCCCGGUACGAGUCCUUACCGAUCUGCGGGCCAAGCAUGCAGAGGGCCACCACACGUGGGGCAUCAACGGUGAUUCGGGUACGAUUGCGGACAUGAAGGAGUACGGUGUCUGGGAGCCGGAGGCCAUCAAGCUUCAAAGCCUAAAGACAGCUAUCGAGGCCGCAUGCCUCUUACUGCGUGUCGAUGAUAUCUGCAGCGCCAAGAAGGUCCAACAUGCCGGCCCGACGGGCGGGGGAGGAGACGAGUAA